UAUCUGGGUCGAUGCCAGAAGGGUGCACAUUUCCUUGGAUCCGGGAUCCACCGCCUGGAUCGAGAGAACACGGAUGUUGGGAGAGCUAUAUGGCAAGCUUGGGCUCGAACUCGUUCAGUCGUCGUCCUUCCAUCCGCCGGGUCUGUUCGACUUCAGCGAGAAGAUGGAACUGGUGUUCUUGCUCCUCUCGGCAUUCUUCUCCAUCAUGGCCGAACCAUGAAAUUCUUCAGAUAUUUCCUUCGAUUUGCAGCAUUGGCUAGUGGAAAGGUUUUCGUUUGCUACUACGGGAGCUGGGCUGUGUACCGGCAAGGAGAUGGGCUAUUUGACGUUGAGCAGAUCGACCCGACUCUCUGCACUCACCUCAUCUAUGCAUUUGCUGGGGUCGGCACAGAUAAUAAAAUCCAGGUCCUUGAUACAUGGAAUGAUAUCAUGGCAGCGGAUUCUGCGAAGAGGGCGACUUUCGUGGCGAGCUGUGUAGCUCUCCUCAGGAAAUACGGAUUCGACGGACUGGACGUGGACUGGGAAUAUCCGGCCAAUUUAGGAGGCGCUCCCGCUGACAAGGCGAACUUUGUGCAGCUGUUGCGAGACCUGAAGACAGCUUUCACGCCAUACGGGUUGCUGUUGACAGCUGCUGUUUCUGCCGGCAAGAGCACGAUCGACACAGCUUAUGACGUUCCUGCCAUGUCACACUGGGCUGUUUACCGGCCCGGCGAUGGGAAAUUCGACGUGGAGCAGAUCGACCCAAACCUCUGCACCCACCUCGUCUUCGGAUUCGCAGGGCUCGGCGACGAUAACAAGAUCAAGGUCCUGGAUCCGUGGAAUGAAGUCAUGGCCGCGGACCCUGCCAAGAGGACGACGUUCGUAGUGAGCUGCUUGGAACUCCUAAAAAAAUACGAAUUCGACGGACUGGACAUGGACUGGGAAUAUCCGACUAACAGGGGAGGCGCUCCUGCAGACAAGGUAACAACACUUGACAGACUUGCAAGACAGCACCUGAAAAAGAAAUUAGAAAUAACUUUCAUUCUUGUUUCUACUACUGCGAAUUUCGUACAGUUGCUGAAAGAUCUGAAAGCCGCUUUCGCUCCCGAAGGAUUGUUGGUCACAGCUGCUGUUUCUGCAGGGAAGGGAACCAUCGACACCGCCUAUGACGUUCAAGGAAUGUCUGAGGCACUGGACAUUAUCAGCGUUAUGGUAUACGACAUGCAUGGAGCCUGGGAGACAUUCACUCAUCACAAUGCCCCUCUCUAUGCCCAUCCACUUGAUCAAUCUGGUGACAACAAGUACUUCAAUGCCGUGAAACUUCAGCAUGAACUACUGGAUCAGCCUAGGAGCUCCGAAAUCGAAACUGGUAAUGGGAAUGCCGAUCUACGGACGAGGUUUCACCUUGUCGAAUCCAGCAGAGAAUGGGCCAAGGCUACUCAGGCUGGCAUGGCCGCGAUGGCGAAUGGGAAGGUUAUCGUGUGCUACUACGGGAGCUGGGCUGUUUAUCGGCCUGGAGAUGGGAAAUUUGACGUUGAGCAGAUCGACCCGACUCUCUGCACUCACCUCGUCUAUGCAUUUGCCGGGGUCGGCCAAGAUAACAAAAUCAAGGUGCUCGAUCCAUGGAAUGAAAUCGUCGACUCGUCUGGCUCCGGGAAAGAUGCGGGGAGACGAUCGACAUUCGUGACAAGCUGCGUGGAUCUCCUCAAGCAAUACGGAUUCGACGGACUGGACAUGGACUGGGAAUACCCGGCCAAUAGAGGAGGCAGCGCCGCUGACAAGGUGUCACUGGACUAUAUUAAUGUGAUGGCAUAUGACAUGCAUGGAGCCUUUGACAGCUAUACCCACCACAAUGCUCCUCUCUUCGCCCUUCCACUCGAUCAAUCCCAUAACAACCAAUACUUCAAUGAUGACUUCGCUGUACGCUACUGGUUGAGCUUGGGAGCCCCAAAAGAGAAAUUGGUGAUGGGAAUGCCUAUAUACGGACGAGGUUUCACAUUAGCUAACCCCAGCAAUAAUGGAUUCUAUGCUCCAACUUCUGGGGCUGGCACGGCGGGUCCUUACACGAGAGAAGCAGGAAUCCUCGGCUUCAACGAGAUCUGUGAAAUUAAAAAACAGUAUGGAGACUUCAAGAGGAUCUGGAACAAUGACAUCAGAGCUCCUUAUUGCACUUUUAACUCGAAUCAGUGGUUCGGAUACGACGACACCGAAAGCAUCACCCAGAAGGCGCAGCUGAUAUUGAACUUGGGCCUGGCAGGAGGGAUGGUCUGGUCGGUUGAGACGGACGACUUCCGAGGGAAAUGCGGAUUGGGAACAAAUCCCAUUCUGAAUACCAUCAAGACCGUUCUGAACGGACAAUCUCCUAAUCCGAGACCUACCAACGCUCCUGUCCCCAUUGCUACCACUACCCCCACUGCUCCUCGCGCCACCACAGCUCGCAGCAGCAAGAAGUGUUCCUCUGUGGGGUACUUCGCAUCUGGAACUUGUAGCCCCAGUUUCUACUACUGCAUGUUAAACUUCAAUCAAUGGAUCAUCUAUAACAUGAGCUGCGCCGCCGGAACCGUGUAUUACCAAGGUGCUUGCCUCUGGCCAUAUUCCUCCCCUGAAUGUCAAGGAUAAUUACCAAGUGUCAUCGCAGGAAUAAAGACGUGCCAAGUUAAUGAGAAUGAAACGAA